GUGCCUGAAGAGUGGGCUGUCAUAGGGCAGGUGCAAUGUUCCUGGUGGGCCUGUCGGGGGGGAUUGCAUCGGGUAAAAGCACUGUAGUAACAAUCCUUCGAGAGCUGGGCUGUGCUGUGAUAGACGCAGAUGCCAUUGCCAGACAAGUGGUCCAGCUGGGGACCCCAGCCUACAGCCAGAUUGUGCACCAUUUUGGAGAAGAGGUUUUGCUAAAAAGUGGAGAGUUGGACCGUGAGAAGCUGGGAACCAUUGUCUUCUCCAGCCCUGAGAAGAGGGCUCUACUCAACUCCAUCACCCACCCUCCCAUACGUAGAGCAAUGCUAAGGCAGACACUGUGGCACUUUUUCCUAGGCUAUCGAUAUGUGAUCCUUGACAUCCCAUUGUUGUUUGAAACCAGGACCCUGAUGCGUUAUAUGAAGCUCACUGUACUUGUUUACUGUGACCCCCAGACGCAAGUGGAGCGUCUGAUUCGGAGGAGCGGCUUGUCAAGGGAGGAGGUCCAGAACCGUUUAGCAGCCCAGCUACCAAUUGACAGCAAACUUCCACUUGCUGACCACGUCAUCGACAACUCCGGAGACAGAGACAGCACGAGGCGACAAGUUCUACAACUCCACGCGAAACUGGAGUCCUCCUUGGACUACCUCCCGACUCGAAUCGCCGCAGUGGCCAUGGCUGCUGGGCUUGUGGCUUUAUUGUGGCACCUAGCCCGGCGAUUAUGGCAGUAGGGAGCCAAGUCAAAGGAAGUGUGACCUAAUGACUGUGACCAUUUUUUUUUUCUUUGUACAUGCCUUGAAAAGGAUUUUAACUGCUUUUAACAAUGUAUUCCCAGAUAACCCAAAAUGCGUUGGAAGGCGAGAAAGUUUACCACUUGAAUGUGUGCAG